UAAUGCAACCAAUUUCUAAAAGUUGUUUUACGUAAGACAUUGCACUCACGGUUUUCCAAAGAGCUGUCAGCAGACUCCAGGGAGGUGCCUUGGGGAAGACUUCUUUUUUCCAAAGCGCCCCCACCCUCCUUCUCACGUAGUAGGACACGCUUUCUUGGCCAAUCGUUUCUCUCUCCGCAACCACUUUAUCAGGCUAUAAGAGCUCCCCGACGUUUUCGUUGCAAGCAAACUUUGUUGUUGCAAGGAUCUCUGGAUACAUUUUUUUUUGUUGUUGUUUUUUAAAACACAAAGCAUACGAGUAAUUAAUUACAGCCCAAUGAGGGAAUGACGUUUGUUUUAUUCGCUUCCAAACGAAGAGAUGCCUGAGGAAACUUUGCAGGACGAAUCGAGUUCUCCCGUGUCUCCAGCGGACAGCUUUAGCAACAGCGACGGAGAACUCGACAGGCAACCGAAGAGAUGUGGGAGGAAAAGACGAUCGAGUCGGAAAAAUGGGGAGGAUUCCGACAGCUCGACCCUGGGGAAAAGGGGGAAAAAGUCGACCAGCAGCAGCCCUCAGUCUUACGAAGAUCUGCAGUCGCAACGAGUCAUGGCAAACGUGCGAGAGCGGCAGAGGACGCAGUCACUUAACGAAGCCUUCGCCGCGUUACGGAAAAUUAUUCCAACUCUGCCGUCAGACAAACUGAGCAAAAUCCAAACGCUUAAACUCGCCGCCAGGUACAUCGAUUUUCUCUGUCAGGUUCUACAGAGUGAUGAAUUGGAUUCCAAGAUGGCAAGUUGUAGUUACGUGGCUCAUGAACGGUUAAGCUAUGCGUUCUCUGUGUGGAGGAUGGAGGGCGCGUGGUCCAUGUCAGCAUCUCACUAGCGCGUCUGGGACACUUGGUGCAAGAUGGUGACAGGCGUCUUUGCUGGCAAGACCAAUGUGGACCAAUGUGUCGAAACCAUGCUGGAUACGUACAUUCCUUCAUAAUCGUGAGGAAAACAUUUACAAAUGAAGGCAGGGCUUUAUCAAAUGAAGGCCGCAGACAAUAUGCAGAUGCGUGCGCACCGCAUUCUGACUUCUUUACCGAAAGUAUUAUUGUUGACCAUGAAUGUUGGAUAUGUGUAGGCUUAUGUCAUGCAUGUCGUUUGACUCAGCGGUGCAUCUUCCACGGGAAAAGCAUCCAGGAACUGUGUGGAGAUUUCGAAUGGCAUUGAAGCCUCAAGUUCGAACCUGUGCAAAUUAGAACAUACAACUAUAUUUAUUUAUUAAUGACACAAGUUGUGAUGAAGCCAAACGUAUAGUGUGUCGAAAUGCAUCCUAUUUUUAAUACUUUUGUAAAUAAAUGUGUAUUUCUGUAAUAAAGUUGAAAGAUUUUAAA